UUCAAAGUGUUAGUUCAUGACCAUAAAGUAAGUUCUCUUCAGUUUACAUAUGUUUUAAAUGCGUUUUGAAGUGUAUUAUUUAACAUUAUAGUUUACACAGGCAUGUAUGGGCAUGUAACGAUUCACGUGUGAUCGUCGAUAGAUAAACAAGAUAUGAUGUGCAAUUUCUACUAAAUACAGCUUUUGAUGUUACAGUUUACAUAGUAAUUGGUUAUGUCUUGAUACUGUGUAAGGAUUAACCAGUAUUGCUACGUUUUUGAUUAUGUUAUUUGAGAAUUGAUAAACGGUUUAAUGGACCUGGAUUUAUUAAUAUAUUAAGACUGAAACCAUUUUGUGGGACCAGAUCAAUAGUUAUAUUGUCUUUAAUUGCAUCCUCUGCAUAUUGAAAACUACAGCUGUUAUUUAGAUUAUAAUGAAAAUGCUGUUAUUCUUGAUUAAGAAGUGUCUGAUUUAUUUGUAAACCUGUUUUACUUAUACUGUUAUGUUUUGUUAUUUUUAGACUCAUUUUGAAUACACUUUGGAAAGAAGCUACAGUCUCCUCAUUCAUUGUGUCCUGACCGACACACCAGGAGUGUAUACUGCUGAUAAUUCAAACCCAAGCCUAGCAGUCUCUUUCCUCUCCAACAACUGGUCCUUCGAGCCGGAUGCAGUGUUCAUUCCGGGUACCAUGGAAUCUGAUGAGGAGAUCGUUGGAACAUCCAGAUCAAAACGCCAAACACGUCCACCAGUACGUCUCCAUGACUUCGAAGUGCAGUAUGUAGGUGGCAGAGCUGUAACGGAACCUGCUAUUUCACCCCACUGGGAGGUACCAGCCCCUUUGACACCUCUCCAGUCAUCAUGGCACAAUCCUAAUUACCUCUGUGAUGAUGCUGCGCUUCCCACAGGCCCUCGGUUGAGAUCACCAAGCUUCAGUUCUGCAGAGCAUAGUGAAAACCUACCUCAGUCAUUCAUGUCAGCCCAGCAGCCCAGAUACCCUAUGCCUGAGUACUAUAAUGAGCUACAAGCCAUUCGCAGAGAGAAUGCACAGCUGCUGCAGACACACCAAGCCUUUCGUGAUGACAUGAUGGAGUUGAAAGCAGUUAGUACUGAGUUCAAAGAACUAGUUAAAGUUGCUCAAGCCUUGAGAGCAGAGCUCAGUCCAAGUAAAAGCCAUGAUAGUCCUCCAGUGCGAUCAGAUCCCAAAUUGCCAUCCCGUCCUUCCUGCCACGUUGACCAGACAGAGCAGGCCACACCAGCUGAGGAUAAAGAAUGGCCUGAGCUUCCACCCUGGCCUGAGCCCGAAUUAGAACUGAGAAGGGGCAUGGAGACUUUAAAGUUAUCAAAACCCAGUACAGCUACAUACCAACGAGAGGUACCGAGGUACUCGAAGGCCUCCAAGUCUCAAUCUUCCCAAUCAUAUCUGCCUUCUCAGUAUUAUUCUCAAAGUACAGAUGUGCUACCUCCGCCACCAACCCCUGAAGACCUCAGAGAGUUGUUAUCCUCAACUGCACAGUCCUUAUAUCGGAAACCUUCACAGGUUCAAAUCCCAGUUUCUUCUCCUCGAUAUGGAGCCAUGCCAGCUCAGCCAAGUCAUCCAACACCUGCAGUUAAAGUAGAGUCCAAUAUACCACAUUUUUCCCACACCUCAGGGUCAGAGUAUGUCUAUAGAGGGCCUACCCCUACCAUCCCCAAGUUCAGCCGGCCAGAUCCAAGCGAGUUCGCCAGACUUCGAAUUGCCUUAGAGAAUUUGCUUCCUCCAGAUGGGACUGAACUCUUUAAGUAUCAAAUACUGGUGGACCAUUUAAAGUUGGAUGAAGCUAAGCUGAUUGCGGAUGCCUUUCUGAACUCGCCUACCCCAUUUACUGACACCAUGGUGGCCCUCCAUGAGAAGUUUGGUCAGCCCCACCAACUAGCAUUGAGGAAAAUUGCCAGUGUUUUAGAAGCUCCUGAUGUAAGGCGUGGGGAUACUGUUGCAUUUCAAAAGUUUGCUCUGCAGGUACAGUCGUUGGUGGGUUUGUUGAAAACUUUAGGACCUGAAGGUGACAUUGAAUUGAAUUGUGGGUCACAUGUGGCACGCCUUGUGAGUAAACUUCCUACUGAGCAACGAGCUGAGUUCCGCCGUCACAUGUUCCGGCAACCUGGAACUGUACCUACUCUGCACGACCUUUCAAACUGGCUCCGCUAUGAAGCUUGGUGUCAUGACUUUGAUGUUGAAAUUGUCUCACGAGGAGUCCAAGACCGUCAGACUUUCCGACCUGUACAGAGUAAAAGGACUGUAGCCGUUCUUCAUGGAGUUGGAGAGGCUCAUAAUUUAACUUCCCUAUCACCUCAGAAGGGUACUACUCAAAGGACCAAGUCAAGUGAAAUGAAACGGUUUUGCCCAUUCUGUGAUAGCACAGAGCAUUAUUUGAGUCAAUGCAAAGCAUUCGCUAAACUUACCACUGAUCAGGCCAAAGACUGGAUUCGAGAAAAUAAUCGUUGUUGGCGCUGUGCCAGGACUCACCACGCUGCUCAGUGUGACCUGAAGAAGCCCUGCAACCUAUGUCAAGGCAAACAUCUUCGACCUCUGCACAAUGUAAACGUUAGAUCUUCCAAAGAGGAUACAGUUAGUAGUGAGAAAACCUGCCUUACCAAUUCCUCUCCAGACAGAUUUUACCUGGACAAACCAGUGGUUGGGAACCGUGUAAUGCUGAAGGUAGUACCUAUCCAUGUUCAUUAUGAAGACCGCACUUUAGAUACAUUUGCACUUCUGGAUGAUGGCUCUGAGAGGACCAUCUUGCUCCUUACUGCUGCCAAAGCCCUCGGUAUACAGGGUACACCUGAAGAUCUCUCCUUGCACACUGUUCGACAAGACAUUGAAGUUCUUUGUGGGUCAUCUAUCUCCUUUCAAGUAUCCUCAACCCACAAGCCUCAAAUUCUUUACAAAAUCGAACAUGCCUUCACUGCUGAUCGCCUCAAUUUGUCACGACAGUCUUAUCCUGUGGAUCAGCUGCAGAAGAAGUAUCACCACUUACAUGGUCUUCCCAUCCUGCAAAUUAAAGAUGUUCAGCCUCUACUUCUGAUUGGGUCAGAUCAGCCCCAUCUCAUUACCCCAAUUGAACCUGUCAGAUUAGGUUCUCCAGGUGGACCUGCUGCUGUCCUCACACUCCUGGGAUGGACCCUCCAGGGCCCUGCAUCAUUCAUGGGGCGGCCUGCAUCCUCCCAACAAUGCCUGCUGACAUCAGUCCUUCCACCUCAAGAUGAGCUCUUUAAGAAUGUCCAAAGGCUCUGGCAGAUGGAAACUGUUCCACACAGAGAUGAGAAAGAGGUGACUCGGUCUAAACAAGAUCAGGAAGCUUUAAAGUUACUCGAAACCAAGACCAUCCGCACCGAAGUCAAUGGCAUUCUUCGACUUGCAACACCCUUGUUACGGCAGAAAGAUAUGCCUAUGUUGCAUGCCCCUAAGGAAUCAGUCAUGCCUAACCUGCGCAGUAUUGAGAAACGUUUGUUGAAGGAUACGGUGAAAGCAGAGAUCUACAGAGCUGAGAUGGAGAAGCUCAAGCAGACAGGAGCUGUCCAGGAAGUAAAUAAAGAAACAACAGACUCAGAGGAAUGUUGGUAUAUACCUCACCACAUUGUCAGUCAUAACGGGAAAUCUCGUGUGGUUUUCAACUGUUCCCACCAAUAUCAUGGGCAGAGUCUCAAUCAGUAUCUGCUGCCUGGCCCUACACUUGGCGCAUCAUUGCUAGGUGUGCUCAUCAGAUUUAGGGAGCAUUCAGUCGCAGUAAGUGGUGACAUCAAGGCGAUGUUCCAUCAGGUCCGCCUCCUUCCCGAAGAUCGUCCCCUACUGCGUUUCCUGUGGCGUGAUCUGAAAGUGGGAGAACCACCUAAAGUUUUCGAAUGGCAGGUGUUACCAUUUGGCACUGCAUGCAGUCCGUGCUGUGCCACUUAUGCUCUGCAGCGCCAUGUGACCGAGCACAGUGUGGCUGAUGAAUCCAUCAGGUUCUCAGUAGAGAAAUGUUUUUAUGUGGACAAUUGCCUUCAGAGUCUGAGCACCCCUGAAGCGGCGAGGUGUCUGGUUGAUGGAUUGAGAGAGAUGCUUUCUACAGCUGGAUUUGAGAUACGACAGUGGGCCAGCAAUGUUCCCGGAGUUCUGAGUCAUUUACCCACAGAAGCUCAAGCUGAGAGCUUGGAACUUUGGUUAGCUCAAGACAAGACCGACAUAUCAGAAUCAACCUUAGGUCUACACUGGAACUGGCAGACUGAUAAACUGUCAUUCAAGAGCCGACCUGUCGUGUAUAAGACUCCCACCCUCAGGAACAUCUACAAGGUCCUAGCCACUCAAUAUGACCCUCUCGGACUUCUUUUGCCGUACACUACUCGAGCCAAGGUCAUCAUUAGGCAGCUAUGGAAUAAGCAGCGGGGUUGGGAUGAUCCAAACUUACCUCCUGAACUCUUGCAGUCAUGGCACGUCUGGGAGAAUGAACUCCAGUACCUACCAAACAUAACCCUCCCUAGGACUUAUGUCCCUCUUGAGGUGGAGAAGGAUGGUGCCAUACAUGAAGUUCACAUCUUUUCAGAUGCCUCAGAACAGGCAUAUGGAGCUGUGGCAUACAUGAGGACCACUGACAAAAGAGGCCAAGUGUACCUGUCUUUCAUGGUAGCUCGAUCCCGAGUAGCACCCAAACGUUCUCAUUCCAUUCCUCGAUUGGAACUUUGUGGAGCUCUUGUGGCUGCUCAGUUAGCCAGAUUGCUUCAGAGGGAACUGACCUUGCAAAUUGAGACCACGGUGUUGUGGACAGACUCCUCCACUGUCCUUACCUGGCUGAACUCGGAAUCAUGCCAUUACAAAGUUUUUGUUGGCAAUAGAGUUGCCGAAAUCCAGGAGCUAACAGGGAAUUGUUCUUGGCGCUAUGUGGAUUCUGCUAGCAAUCCUGCCGAUGACCUCACCAGAGGCAGACCACUGAAUGUUCUUUCAGGGAUAAAUAGAUGGUCUCAAGGACCUCCCUUUUUACUCCAAGAUCCAGCCACCUGGCCAGUAAUGCCAGGAACAGACCUGACAGAUGACCCCACAGAGCUACGGAAGUCUGCCUUUUGCGGUACCGCUGCAGUACCACCCCGAUCCAGUGUACCGGAUGCUUGGAACUAUCACACCUGGCAAGAACUCCUGGAUGCCACUGCUAAGGAAAUUCAGGUAAACUCUACCUCUGAUUCCUUUCCCGAUGCAAAUGAUUAUAAUCAAGCGGAGAUCCUUAUUCUCAAGCGAGUACAGCAGGAGUCUUUUCCCAAUGACUAUCAACAUUUGGAGAAAGGAAAGCCAGUGUCUGCUGACAGUAAUCUUCUUACCUUAGCUCCUGAACUGGACAGAUUUAGUGGUUUAAUCAGAGUGGGAGGUCGAUUGAGGAGAGCUGAGUCAAUAGAAAAAUGUACCUUACACCCCAUUGUAUUGGACGCUCAUUAUCCAGUCACCCGUCUACUGAUUAAGCAUUAUGAUUGCAAGUUACAUCACCCAGGAGCUGAGCGUGUGUUUGCCGAAAUCCGACGCCAUUAUUGGAUUCUUCGUGGUCGUGAAGCCAUUCGUCGGCACCAGCAUGGGUGUCCAGAAUGUCAGCGUUGGAGGGCACAGCCAACUAUUUCUAAAAUGGCAGACUUGCCUUCUGCCCGUCUCCGUCUCCACAAACCUGCCUUUUACUCAUGUGGUGUAGACUGCUUUGGACCAAUGCUUAUUAAAAUUGGGAGACGCACAGAGAAACGCUGGGGGAUAAUCUUUAAGUGUCUAACUACUAGAGCGGUGCACUUGGACCUCCUCAGUACCAUGAAUACUGAUUCCUUCCUGAUGGCCUUUAGGCGGUUUGUUGCACGAAGGGGAACACCAAUGGAACUGUGGUCAGACAGGGGAACAAAUUUCAAAGGGGGUGAAAGAGAGCUGAGAGAAGCAUUCGCUGAAAUGGCUCCUGACUUACAGAAACAGCUUGCUCGACAGAGGAUACAAUUUCAUUUCAAUCCUCCAGCAGCCCCACAUUUCGGAGGAGUGUGGGAGAGAGAGGUACGAUCGGUAAAGUCAGCCCUUUAUACUACUGUGGGAGCUCAGUCCGUUCCGGAAGAAGUCCUGCUGACAGUUCUCCUAGAGGUAGAAUCUAUUCUUAACUCAAAGCCUUUAGGGUACGUGUCUUCGGAUGUUGCCGACAUUGACCCAGUGACCCCAAACAGUUUGCUCAUGGGGCGGCCAGAUGGUUCCUUGCCACAGGUAAUCUACCCGGAGUCUGAAUUGUUAAGUCGCAGACGCUGGAGGCAUUCGCAAGUCCUGGCGGAUAACUUCUGGUCCAGGUUUAUCCGAAACUACCUCCCAGGCCUCCAGACACGGCAAAAGUGGCAGUCCUCACCCCCAGAUCUAACAGAGAAAACGGUUGUUAUGAUUGUAGAUCCACAGAUGCCUAGGGCCCUCUGGCCUGUUGGACAUGUCAUCAGGACGCACCGCAGUUCGGAUGGACAUGUCAGGUCUGCUGAUGUGGAUAUAAAGGGGCAAGUCUACACCAGACCCGUAGCACGGUUGGUGAUCCAUCCAGCUCUGCCAGAUAACGAAACCCAUCCUACCAACUCAUCCUAAGUUAAGCCGCCUUUUAGUAGGAGCAAAGUUGCACAGCACCUUUGGGGGCGGCUGUAUGAAAGGCUCCUAGAGAAAUUAGGUCUUUUAUUGAAGGGACUGUUAUUUUGAUAAUUGUAGACUGUAUUUCGACGUACAUCCAGUAGGAGGCAUUAUUGUACUGGUUUGCUGCCUGAUGACUGCUUGUAUUAUUACUGAGAGAACGGCAGCUGUGCUCAAGUUUUCCUCAGCUGCGCACCGAAGUUUUUCCUGCCUGUUAUUUUGGAUGUUUGUCGGCGUUUGGUGUUUCAAAGUGUUAGUUCAUGACCAUAAAACUCAUUUUGAAUACACUUUGGAAAGAAGCUACAGUCUCCUCAUUCAUUGUGUCCUGACCGACACACCAGGAGUGUAUACUGCUGAUAAUUCAAACCCAAGCCUAGCAGUCUCUUUCCUCUCCAACAAUACAUGAUGCUGUUUUGUUUAUAAUUCUUUAAGCAACUUAAUUCAUAAUAAUUGUUUAUAAUAAAUAUUUUAGAUAUUAUGUUGUUUUUUCAGAGUCAUGUAUUCUAAUGCUUUGAAUAAACGUGCAGUAAUAUUUUGCUCGAUGCGCUAUCUUGAGGCCUCAGAAGAGAAGCAAAAAGCUUUUCUUCACCCUAACUGAAAUUAUUAUGCAUUUUUAAUUUGAAUACAAUGCGAAUUUUGAUCAUAUUUAAGUAAAAAAUUUGAAUUGUUUUCCAGCUAUUUUGACAGCCCUAGGCGAUUCUAGCCCUAAUCUGUAUCUGUAUGCAUGAAACUGUCUGAAUACAGUCAGAUUCACAUUUCACAUUUCUGUUGUAAAAAGAGAAACAAUGUGCAGAAGUAUUAUUUGCUGUUAUGCGUGUGUCCGAAGCUGCAGUUGCUGUGUGAUGCAUGUGACGCCUCCGUUCGCGUGAACAACCAAUGAACGUCCACGAUGUGAAGCGGGAAAAAGUUCCUUUGUCUCUGGGGAAACACCCACUCUAAUAAGUUCUGAUUUAUCAGAUUUCAGCAGUGAUAUUCCAGCAAGUUCGUUAUUCCAGAUUAAUACAUUUUACACACCUUGCAUAUAGGUGGUUAGUUGGGUCUUAUGAGGUUUUAUGAGUUGCUAAAGGUGUAGGGUUACACUCAUGAUUCUAUUUGAGAACAUUGAAAUUAGGAGAAACAUUUCCAAUUUACAAGUCAGCAAAUUAUAAUCCUCGCAUAACAAGUAUUAACCAUUUUAUGCAACGCACAAACAUAUUCAAAAUACAUAUUAUUA